AUGGAGACCGACACAGAUCCCGCCUCGGAGGGCCAUGCUGAGCUCCGGCUCUUGGUUGGUGAUGUUAUUGAGGCCUCUAAAUUGCCAGCCAAGUCCCGCACCACCAGCAUCAAACCCACUGUCGCCAAUCUCACUUCCCUCGCCUACGAAUGGGGCAUCCUGCCGGACACGCUGGACGACCUCAUCAAUCUCAUCACAACACCAAACCAUCUUGACCAAGCAAGUCAAGCUGCCAUUAUCAGAAAUCUCUAUCCCAUCUCUCCCGUCUCUCGGGAUUCCACUCUACGAGUAGUGUCAUGCCUCGGCCAUGGAAAGCUAAAGCCGUCCCUAACCCUCCAGGCUGCUCUUCUCAAGUGGCUUAUCAUGGUGCACCAUAACCUUGAAUCACCUCAAGUCCUCUCUCAAGCUUACCCUGUCCUCUUCAACCUUCUUGAUGGUGCUGCUACUCGACUCAGUCUCUCGCGGCAAACCGGAAACGACCCUUGCCUGAUUGGUCUCCUGAGAGUGUUCAAAGACUACUAUCCCGAGGUCAUUGUUGGAGAAGCGGUUCGAGGGAAAGCCUCGUCCUUCAAGCACCCAGAUCUACAAUGGAGAGCAAGGUUGGACGAAAUUCAGGAGGCGCAUCAGCAACUUGCCCAAGAAGGCACCUCUAAGCCUCGAGAUGGUUUCCGAGUUCAUCGCACUAUCGGUCGUAGCGCGAAGAACAAGCUAGUUCCUAUAGUUCACACGUCUCAUGCGACAGAGGACUCGGUUACACUCGAGGAGAUUGAAAAUGCUACCGACUUUGCUAAAAAGAUUGACAAGCUGGAGCUGCCUAACCAAAUGGUCGCCGUCCUCGUCGACCCCCUUCUUCAGAAACUCAUGCUGCUACGGCCCAACGAGGAGUCUGAUCAACGGAUAGCCAACUGGCUCAACUCUAUCCUUGAGGACGUCACGGAAGGAUUUGAAAACGAGGAGACACUAUUUGAUAUGAUGGAUAUCUUGCGAGACUACGUGGUAUCUGCAAAGAACCUCCCUCCUCUCCUCCUGAACUUCUUUGCCCACUUCCUCCCUCUGUGGAGCGGCUCCGGGCGUAGUGACUCCAUGUUGGAGAUUCUAUCAUACGCCCCCCUGCUAGACUUUCAAGAACUCUAUCAGCACAUCUUUCAACCGCUGGAAACAGCAAUUCUUGACAACACCCCGGAGUCCCAGCUGGCUCUCCUCGCCCUUUACAAGAACCUCCUUCACCACUGGACAGUCAUCCUCCAGUCCAGUGACCCCAUCCCAAAAAACGCCAGUAAAAUUAUCACAGACUUGAUCAGUCACGCCAACCCUCUGGCACUCGCUCUCAUCCAGACACGCCCAACACUCUCUGUCUACUCCGCCAUUCUCGAUUUUUACGAGCAAAAUGCUCGCCUCGUCGGUCACGAGACUCUCAAAAACUACAUCCGCAUCGAGUUGCCACCCUCUUUCCUCAUCUACAUCCUCUUCUUUAGCAGCUCCGUCGCCACCGUCUCGCGUAUCUGCGCCAUCCUCGCCUGCUACAAGAAGGGCUUUGAACUAGCCAUGCUGUCCAAGCCUCGCCGUGACAGAAGCCAACUAGUUGACUCGUCGUCAUACAAUAGAACUUUUGUCAACUUGUUCAACGGCUUCCUCAUGGACAUGUGCAACUGCUUCUGGCGCGGCCGCGCAUUUGGCGAUAGCGAUGCCAAUGCACAUGGCUGCAUGGUUCCACGGCGUCUCGUCCCCGUUCUGUCUACGUAUGUCACUUCCGUGGACAAGACUUUGGCCCUCACCUCGAUCUUGUCACUGUCACACUCGCCUGUUCUGUGCCUGCAGAGCAUCAAGUGCGUGCGUGAUGUCGAGGACGCUGAGAUGGACAGCGACGGGACCUUGCGGGCUAGGCACGAGGGACCAGUGACACAGCAUAGCCUGGGACAGCUAGCGGCUUCAGGGGGGAUACAGCUCUCGUGGCAGAACUACCGUAUCAAGGUGUUGGAAACGCUGAGCGCCAAGGAGCUCGCAGGCAUCACGGACCUUUUGAAGAAUACAAUGACAGUUCUGAGAAAGCUCAUGGAUGGCGAGGGGGGCACAAUGCCAACAGGAUCUCAGGCGAGUCAAGUCAGGUAG